AUGGUCGCGUCUUUGCGUUCGCUUGUUCUCCGACUCUUCGCCGUUCUCUGCAUAGUCGCGUUGAUGAUCGUCAGCUCAGCACCAGUAGACGAUCUAGAGGGGUAAGUCCGCCAAAUUUUUUUAAAAUUGACAGUUCAAAAAAAUUUAAAUUUUAAAUUAAAAAAAUUUUUCAAAAUUUAAAUUUUGAAAAAUUUAAUUUUAAUUUUUAAAAGCCAUAAACCCCUCAAAAACCUAAAAACUAAAGUCCUGAGGAUUGCAUAGUGCUGUAUAGUACCAUAUACAAUUACGUACUAUAUAGCACGCAAUUAUGUUCUUGCAUUUUGCCCAUGCCUAAUAGCUGAACGUGGCUCUUUAGGACCUAAUUUUCGUGUUUUGGGCGAAAUUCAAUCUCAUUUUGCAUGGAAUUUCAUUCUUUUUGAUACAAUGACAAUAUUUCGGUAUCGUGUUACUUAUGAUAUGAUGCGCUUUUUGAAACAAUUUUGAGGGCUUUGGACUAAAAUUUGAGGUUUUAUGUCAGAAAAAGGGUGUGUACUAAAGCUGUAGAGCUAUAUAGUACUGUGAUUUUGAUGUAUGUAUGUAAGUAGUAUAAGAAGGUCAAACAAGUUUUGUCGUUUUUUAACGUGAAAUUCUUUAGGAAUAGACGACAAGACUUUUUUUGGGAUUUUGAAAGUCAUUAUUACUUAAAAUCUUUAAUUUCUUGUUACGUUACAAUAUUUUUGUCCCAGUUAUAGUACUAUAUAAGCAUUUCUGCCUUAGCUAUAGUGUCAUAAACAUAUCUUCUCUAAUCACUACCUAUUUCCACCACUAUAUAGCCAUAGAUGCUGUUUGAGACACCACUGACCUCUCCAAUUGACUGUGCCAUUUCCGGCCACGUCCCAUCGGAGGAAUUUUUCAUUUUUGUCAAAGAAAAGUAAAAAAGUGUCUUCUUCUUUGUCUUUGGGUGUUAACACGACUACUCUCAUGGGGAAUCAGGAAACGGUCAGAGGAAAGGCUCUAGAUUGGCUUCGGCACGUCAUCCCCCCUCUGUCUUCAUGCUUGAUUGAAGAUUCGAGAGUUUGCAAAGGCAUGGUCAUUAUAAGGGUAAUAAUAUUAGUUAGUGAUGGCUGUUUUUUGGCUAAAGUUAUGACCAGUAACAAUUUUGAACUAAUUAGCUAGGACUGAGCAGGAAGUCAAAGGAACAACACAAUGUUGUGAUUGACCUGCCUUUGCCCUGCUUUUGCCCUGCCUUUCCUUGCCUUGCCUUGCCAUCCCCUCGCUCUUUUAAUCGCGAAUUUUUAGCUAAAAAAGUACAGUAACCAAAUUUUUUUCUUAAUAAGGAAGCUUUCGCUCUAAUUAAUUUGGUAUGUUCUGAAACACUCGUACUCAAUAGUAUUUUUAAACGUACUUAAAUUGAAUUUCUUUUCUUAAGUCAUUUACAACAUAUAAUUCUGUUUAACAGCGCUCAUACUGAAUAAGAGCUGCUAUAUUUAACCUUACCAAGAAAAACAAAUUUACACAGUAACAAUGAAACGGAUUUCAAAAAUUUAAAAAAACAGAAAUUUCAAAAAAAAACAAAUUUGAAAGCAGCGGACACAGUAUGAAACAAGUUCUAUUAUAUUCAAUUAAAUGGCUUCUGGAAGCGGAAAUUUGGGUUUGCAAACGUCAAUGCAUCUUCUCAUGCUCUUUUUGAGUCCAAAGACAAUAGACCCCAUAUCACGCUGGUUAUGGUGAUUUCGGAUUCUAAUGUCGUUGUUUUAUGAUCGGAAGUUGAAUAUGUUACUGGCUUAAUGAUAUGAAGUUGAAUAAUUUAAUGUUUUAAAGAGAGAAAAAAAGGUUUUUUAUUUUUAAAAAAUUAAAAAUUUGAAAAAAGUUUGAUUGUUUUUAAGGUCAAAAAGUGUAAAGAAACAUAAUUUUUAACUCUUGAAGAAAUUUCUUCGAAAGUGUUUUUGAUAUUAUAAGGUCGUUCAAAUAAUUCUGGCCUCCUGACUCCAAAAAAUCGUUUUCGAAGGGGCAUAGAAUUAUUUGAACAACUUAAUAUUAUACUGUAUAAAAAGUUAUGAGCUAUGUAUUACAGCUUAUAUAAAGUCCAGUAGCUCAUUACUUUUUAUAAUAUUUAAAAAAUUUUUUGAUUUUUUCAACAUUCUUGACAUCUAUUAAGUACCAGUUUACAUACUUUGUUACACACUGGUACUAUCAUUUAGCCUUGUCUAACCUAAACAACAACAUUUCCAGGUUUAUAAUGACAUAACGGUGUACUGAGAACUUUUUCCCUUAAUGGCUAGUUAGAAUAUCUUGGUGUAGUCUCCAGAGAGUGUCUUGUCUAUAGUAAUUCUCUAAAGCUAUUCUUGUUUAUAGUACUUUUCUAGAUAUUUGUAGUCUAAGCAUUGUGGUAUGAUCAGAUUUAGAGUAACAUUGGUAAGACUAGAAGCUUUUACUUAGCCCUAAUGAAAAGAAAUGUCAUUAGCACUUUUUUGGCUUGGAAUUGUAAAAAAAAUGUCUACAGAGGACUAAUGGCACAUAGUCAUGUUGACAUCAUUGUUUUUAAAAUUUAAAAUUGACAACAGUUCAAAAUUUAUAAAAAUUGAAUUCUGGGGUUUCACUAAGGUUAUAUUGAUGUAACUUUUUAAAUUUUAAAAACUUUUGAAUUUUUUUUUGUGUUUGUAUGAACUCUUGACCCUGCUCUCAUCAAUGUAUCGUGCUCAAAACAUAUUUGUUCCAAAAAAAUUGACACAAACAAUUUAUGCACUUAAAAGUGUCCAGUAAAUGCUAUAAUAACCAUUAUAAGUAGCAAAUAACGUUUUUUCUUAACUAACAAAGUAAACAUUUUCAAAUGUCUUUUUCUGAACGUCAUACACUUUUGCAUGGGCUCAUUAAGAAUUUUUGAUAUUAUGCUACAAACACACAUACAUAUAAGCAAAGGCUAUAGAGACCGGGCAAGGCUGGGUCGAUUUUUCAGCCCGGCCCAACCCAUUUCAAAGAUUUAAAGUGUAAUAAGUAAAAACUAUAAAUGUAAUAGGCUCAUAACUCACAAUGAAACAAAGUAACAUCAUAUUUGGACAAUGUAAACAAUUAAAAAUGACGUUUUCAGGUACGCACGAGAAGCGCGUGCACCCAAAGCCAAGUUCAUACGAUUUGGUCGUGCUGGUCAGAAGUUCAUCCGGUUUGGACGAGGGGUGAGUUAUAGCUAUUUAUACAUGUUUGAACUUUUUACAUACAUGUUUGAGGGCAAAGAAUACAGUUUACAAAAAUAUGCUUACAUUUUAUAACUAUAGUAAUAAUUGACAAAGGCAUUCGAGAAACUGUCAUUAUAAAGAGUGUGUCAUGCUGUUGAGGAUCAUACUAAAGAAAUUUUACUGUAACACUAAUAUAUUCUAAAAAAUUAAAUUUGAAAACUUUUGAAAACGCCAUUUUUUGGUUUUGCGAAGGAAUAUGUAUUGUCACAAAGUCAUACUGAGGAAGGAAUUUGAAGAUAAUAUCCUGCACAUUAUUAUUUGUUUAUGAGUUCAAUCGUCUGGUUUCUAAAUUAUAGUAUAGACGUUUAAAUUAUAGCCUAAAAUGGUCUAGCUUUUUUAAAUUUAUGAGCUUUUACAGUGGGUUUUUUUGUUUUUCAAGACCAAUACAUUCAAUUAUUAAGUAUGUUCUUAACUUGUUACAUUAAGCUACACAACUUCUAUAACGUAUGGAACGUAUUUUAUACUAUAGACCAUAGAAAAAACCAAAAAAAAUUCUAACAACAGUUUUUUACUGUACUAGGUUAUUCAAAUAAUUCUGUGCCUUUUGACUCCAAAAAUUUUCUUCGAGAAGGGUUUAUAAUUAUUUGAACAACAUAAUAUUAAGUUUUAUAAAAAGUAAUGAGCUAUGUUUCAUAACUGAUUCAGAGUUUUGUAGCUCUGAAUCAUUUUUGUACGAGCAAAUAACAAAAUUAGAUUUUAAGUACGAUAGUACUCGUACUCAAACUGCUUUUAAGAUAGUAAACAUACUUAAACUGUUCUUAAAAAGCCCUAUUUUGUAAUUGAAGGCCCUAACAUAAACACCCUGAAGCAUAGAUAACGUAUUUAUUACGUUCACAACCACAUCAUGGGUAAAUAAUAAUAAAAUUUGUAGUACUAAUCGUGCUAUUCAAGUGCACAAACAUUGAAUAUAAUUUUUUAUGUUUUUGCAUACGUGCAUAUUAUGUUUAUUCUUCUCUUUAUUUUUAUCAGUUUAAAUUAGAGCUUUACAAAGUAUAUCCAAAGUGGCAUGACUUACCUACGUUGGCAUUGAAAAAAGGUAGAAGGUUAUAGUAAAAAAAGAGAGAAAGAUAGGGUAAAAAAAAGUGAAUAUUGAUGAUUAGGGGUUUUACUGUAAGUGUUUUAGCUUGUUUUUACUAAGGUAUAAAGAACUUGUUUAUAUCAGUUUAAAUUAGAGCUUUACAAAAGUCUUGUCGUUUUUAUGGUAAGCUUUGCAGGCUAAAAAACAACAAGACUUUUUCACCCCCUAAUAUUAAUUUUUCUAUAUUUCUAUGUGUAUACCGACUUUUUGAUACUAUUUUCAACAUCAUAAUGCCCAUAUGCAACCAAAAAUGACAUAUAGGCUAUGUCAAAAAAGGAAAUUCAUCAGUUUAAUGUCGGCUAGCGUAAUUAAUGUAAAAAGUUUUGCAGAACGUUCAUUAACUUGAUUAAAACUUUUUUAUGACUUUGAGACGCCUUUAUGGGUAUAUUCUAGGGCAUUGCGCAUGUUUAAAUGACAUUUAGAACUCUAACGCGGAACUUCCAUUUUUUGAAAUUUUGAAGAAUUUAUACAAAAAGUGAAAUAGCAUUGAUACAGUAUAAUAAAAUACGAAACAUAAGAGUAUUUAGAAAAUAAAUUGUGGGCUCAUAAUUAUUUGAACAACGUAACAUUAAAUAUUAUAAAAAGUAAUGAGCUAUGUCUCAUAGGUGGUAUAGAGUUCAGUAGCUCAUUACUUUUUAUACAACAAUAUAUUAGUUUGUUCAAAUAAUUCAGAGCUCCCAACCUCGAAAAUACGCUUUGAAAAUGGCUCAGAAUUAUUUGAACAUCCUACUAGUACAUAGGCCUUAUAUUAUUAUUGUUGUUAUGGACAAUAAGGCCCAUUGUGGUAUUGUACCUCAUUUUAACGUGGAAAAAGUUGAGAAAUAAAUAAGACAUCAAAAUGACAGUGUGUAAGACAUUAAAAUUACAGUAAUCUGAAAGCAAUUUCAAAGGUUAUCGCAUUAUAAUUGUGUCGUAAAGUUGGCGCUUAACUUUUAUGUACAACUUUAUGACAAUCGGAAAGUGCUACAGGAAAACAAGCACAGUGGGUGAUAAAAGCUGAAAAUAGUCACAUCACGUUAUGUGAAAUGACAAUUCACAAGUUUUGAUAUUGAAAAAUUGAAUAUAUUUUUGGAACUAAUAAGACUUUUGGUGAUUUUUUUUAAUUUGGCGGGUUUUUUUGGCAUUAUGUAGCAAGUUUUUGAUGAAAAUGCCUGUUUUUGUAGUAAAAUAUUGUACAUAUUUUGAUAGAAAUCUAAUUUAAAGUUGUGUUUUGACAUUGACAAUGGGUAAAGUGGAAAACAAUCACUUGAAACAUAAUGCCAAUUUUGGCGGGAAAACAAAAAUUCAAAUUUUUGUAAUUGUAAAAUAGUAAAAAUGAUUAAAUUAGUAAUUGUACAAGUUUUAAAAUUCUCUUUACUGAGUUUUACAUAAAGAGUAGUAAAUGCCCUUAGGUUACAAUUUAUUAAAAAUUUUUCGAAAAAUCAAAUUUUUUUUAAUUUAAAGAAAAUCAUAAAACUAUUAUAAACUAUGCCAUUCCAGGGCGCAUACGGACCCGAGACCGCAUUUCCCUCUUCGGAUUUGUUUUACCAAUACUGA